ACACAUUCCAGGAGAGAGGGAAGGAGUGUGUGCGUGUGUCUCUGUGUGUGUGUAUGUCAGUGAGAGAGACGUCCUGAUGGAUUAUUGGAUGUACCUGGUUGUCCAUUACGCACGAGGAGUCUAAUUUCCGGACCUUAUUUACUAUGGAUUGGACAAGCUGAUGUUAAAAGUGACAACUCAACCGCGCAAUCAGAGAGGAGAGGGAGAAGAAUGGACGCCGCGGGAGACAUGGAGGCCACUUCUUUACCGUUUUCACUGACCACCGACUGGCUGGAGGACGGGAACGAGACGGUUGUGAAUCAGUUCCAACAGCCGGACUGGCAGGUCGCCCUGUGGGCUAUAGCCUACUCCCUCAUCAUCCUGGUGUCCAUCACUGGCAAUGUAACAGUGAUCUGGAUUAUUCUCGCUCACAGGCGCAUGAGGACCGUUACCAACUACUUCAUCGUCAACCUGGCCUUCUCUGACGUUUCUAUGGCAACUUUCAACACUCUUUUUAACUUUGUUUAUGCGCUUCACAACGACUGGUACUUUGGCCUGGGCUACUGCCGAUUUCAGAACUUCUUCCCCAUCACGGCCAUGUUUUCAUCAAUAUACUCGAUGGCUGCCAUCGCAGUGGACAGGUACAUGGCCAUUAUCCACCCUCUGAAGCCCCGCCUCUCCUCCACCUCUACAAAGGUUGUGAUUGCCCUGAUUUGGAUUGUAGCAAUAUUACUGGCUUUCCCUCAGUGCUACUACAGCGUGACCAUAUUUUACUACCCCAGAACCGUGUGCAUGGUCGACUGGCCGGACGACUAUGGAGGAACACAUCAACUCAGUUACCAGUUCGCAGUGAUAUUGCUGAUCUACCUGCUCCCUCUACUGGUGAUGCUGGUGACCUACAGCAUUGUUGGCCAGUCGCUGUGGGGUGGGCACAUCCCCGGAGAGGCGACAGACCAUUACCACGGCCAGAUAACAGCCAAGAGAAAGGUGGUGAAGAUGAUGGUUGUUGUUGUGGUGACCUUUGCCCUUUGCUGGUUUCCAUACCACUUUUACUUCAUAUUGGGAUCAAUUAACAGAGACAUUUAUAAACAACGUUACAUCCAACAGGUGUACUUAACCAUAUUCUGGUUGGCGAUGAGUUCGACUAUGUACAAUCCCAUCAUCUAUUGCUGUCUAAACCAAAGGUUUCGUGCUGGUUUCCGCCACGCGUUUGUUUGGUGUCCCUUCAUCAAAGUGUCGGAGGAGGACAGGAUGGAGCUGCAGCACACCAACACCUUCAGAGUCACCAUGACACGCAGCCACCGCAAAGACAGCACAAACACACACACCUCCAUCAGAACCAACAACACCUUCGACGCAAACGUGGCUGUCAACACCGAGGUACACGCGGAGAGAGAGGCUUGCGUGCAGCUAAAGAAACAAAUACCAACAAAAGCGUACGGCGUAGACGACACACGUGCAGAGAGGAGGCCGAACAACACGACAUCCCCGGCUGCCAAACUUGUGGAGCACAACCCUUGACUAGCGAAUCAAAUCAUGGAAGAGAGCAUCGAUGAGAAGGUAACAGGGUUUUUUUCUAUAGCAACAGAGAUGAUAAUAAAUAUACUUUAUUUAUAGCCAAUAAAGACAGACGAGAGCCUGCCGACAGAGUUGAGCAAACUAUGGUAACAUUCAUCAUCGUGGAACACCUUAUAGUGAAGAGUGUUCAUUGGACCUGACGUGGGACAAAUAAGGUUCUUUGUUAAAUAGGAAUAUAAAUGUAUGUGACUAUAAAGAUAUGAGCGUGUGAAAAUAUCGGUAUUUAUAAAGUAGAAACACCUUGAUAUAGGUUUUUUGUUGCUUUAAUAGGAACGUCUGUAAAUAACUCCCUCCUUCAUUCACUACUUUCACUGAGUCUCCUUCCUUCUCCCUCUUAUCAUCUACACUCUCUUUCUGCGAUCACUUUUUACUAACUUUUUCUCUAUUUCUGAGAAGACCUGUAUUUGUGUGUAGUUACUGGUUUUCAACAGCAUGGAAUGGACGAGCAAUCCACUGGCAUCAGCAGCAAGCCUUAAUAAUGUUGUUUCAGUGUGUUUAGUCUUUUUAUUGCCAAAGACAAGGGACUUUAAAGAUACUGCCUUUUUAUCAUAGGGACCAUUUCUAUUUAAUGUAUUCAUAAUCAUAUAUACACCUGUAUAUAUAUUCAGCAUUCAAAAUCAACAAGUGAGGGGAUCAACGUUUUGAUGACGUCUCGUGAAAGAAUACCUUAAUGCUGCUUUUAAACCGUAAAUGAAGUCAACUUUCCAUCCUCAUCUAAAGGCUACAGAAUUAGCCAUUUAUAGCUGUGGAGUAUUUACUGAACAUUUGAACAGCUAAACACAAGGUAGAACUUCCUGUGUUAAAGUAUAAUACCACCAAAGACUAACUGAUUAUCCAUUUUAGAAGGAGCAUUGGCCUCUCCCUUAUUUCAUAGACUUGGCUGGAUCUCCCUCAUCAUGAGUUUUAUCACAAGCACGUACCAGUUACAGUGCAGCACUUAUUUAAAAAAAAAUGUCACAUGGUGUGCAUUUAUUAAGCAUGUUGCUCAUAUAUUGUGAGUUCAUUGGUUCAUACAGCUGUAUUGUAUAUGUGUAGCCCAGAUUAAAAAGUCAAAGUGCUGCCACGUAGAACAAUGUCAUGUCAAAUGUAAUCUAUUGAGUAUAUCAAUGUGAAACAUGCAGAUGAAGUGGAAAUAUAAAUAUAUGACUCCUCAUAUUAUGUUGUAAAUACUGUAGCCUGUUAGCUGUGACAUAUUGCAAAUGUUAAAAAAAACAACCUUUGAUUCCUUAUCACAGGUUCGUCAUUUGUGGCUUCAAUAAAUGUUAACAAUAAAUGUGAAUGAUAAGUA